CAUUGCGAAACGUACUGCACUCUCUUCUUCAUUUGUUCGCGGUCCCUCCAUUUCCAUUUCUUCGCGAGUCACUUCCAUCAGAUUCAAAUGGCUGCACCGCCAGAGACGGAGCAUCCACGGAAGGCUUUCGGAUGGGCUGCUAGGGAUACAACCGGGGUUCUCUCACCCCUCAAGUUCUCUAGAAGGGAAACAGGAGAAAAAGAUGUGAGGUUCAAAGUGUUGUACUGCGGGAUUUGCCACACGGACCUCCACAUGAUAAAGAACGAGUGGAGCAAUUCCAUCUAUCCACUUGUACCCGGGCAUGAAAUUGUUGGUGAAGUAACAGAGGUGGGAAGCAAGGUUGAGAAGUUCAAAGUUGGAGACAGGGUAGGUGUGGGAUGCAUGGUUGGUUCAUGCGGCUCAUGCCAGAGCUGUACUGAAAAUCUUGAAAAUUACUGCCCAAAAAUGAUCCUCACAUAUGCUGCCAAGUAUGUGGAUGAUACCAUCACAUAUGGAGGCUACUCUGACUCGAUGGUUGCAGAUGAGCACUUUGUGGUUCGCAUUCCAGACAGCCUUCCUCUUGAUGCUGCUGCUCCUCUGCUUUGUGCUGGGAUCACUGUGUAUAGUCCUUUGAAGUAUUUUGGACUGGACAAGCCUGGUCUGCAUAUCGGUGUGGUUGGUCUUGGUGGUUUAGGCCAUUUGGCUGUGAAGUUUGCCAAGGCCUUCGGUGCUAAGGUGACAGUAAUAAGUACAUCACCUAAUAAGAAGGAGGAAGCAUUAAAAAAUCUGGGAGCUGACUCCUUUGUGAUCAGCCGGGAGCAAGAUCAGAUGCAGGCUGUAAUGGGUACCUUUGAUGGUAUCAUUGACACUGUUUCUGCUGUCCAUCCUCUCUUGCCUUUGAUUGGUCUGUUGAAAUCUCACGGGAAACUCGUUAUGGUCGGUGCCCCAGCGAAGCCUCUUGAACUCCCAGUCUUUCCUUUGCUUUUGGGGAGAAAGUUGGUGGCUGGGAGUGCCUUUGGAGGAAUGAAGGAGACACAAGAAAUGGUUGAUUUUGCUGCUAAGCACAAUGUUAAUCCAGAAAUAGAGGUGGUUCCAAUUGACUAUGUGAACAAGGCAAUGGAGCGUCUCGCGAAAGCAGAUGUCAAGUAUCGAUUUGUCAUUAACAUUGGAGAAACACUGAAGCCAAGCUCUUAAUUUUGCACUAUCCAGGUUUCUGUGAAUAAAGGGAGGGGAGUAUGAGCAAUUAAGACUGGGUUACUUUUGGGCUCAACAUUACCAUACCGCCCGUUUGGUUUGUGUGGUUUAGCUAUGGUGGUUUAGAGUGAUUCUGGAUUCGGGGUAGCAAUAUUUUGUAGUUGGUCAGUAUAUUGGACAAUCAUAUAUGAUGUUGGCUAUCAAGAGUUCUCCAAUUAACGCCACGUUCUAGUUGAACGAUGAUUUAAAUCCCUGUAAAAUUAAUGCAUUUAAUUGCU